AUGGGGCAAUGGCAUGAAAUUGGGAAACACUUAAUGUAAGUUAAUCCGUUGCAAAGAAAGACAGAGACCUAACUCCUUCCCAUUUCUCACCCUCACCGGCCCGGCCAGCGAUCGCAUUCAACUUGCCGAACCUACUAACGGCGAAGCGGCAGGUGGUCUUCAUCCACCACCAGUUGGUCACACCCAGGAUGUAGGUAGUGAUGUAUAUGUUUUGCAUUUGUGUGGUCCAGCGUCUGAUGAUUGGGCGGACAGACAUGGGUGUGUGCAGUCAUUGCAAAGAUGGAGUCACAGGAGGCGAACCGGUGCCGGAGGCCGGCGUGGUCCCGCCUGUUCCCAAUUGGACCCGGAGAAGAUUCUCGACCUGCCCGAUUACAGUCGAUUUUAUGCGGAGGUCCGGGAGGGGCUUUUUACCAGUCGCAAGUACGCCAAAGGAUAUCCCACGCAACUCCCCGUGACUGUCGAUGAGCACCCUGGGCAACUUGCACAAGAAUAUUCCACGCUAGGGAGUGGGCACCCUGGGUGA